AUGGCCACAUUUCAUGAAUCUUCGUCAAAUUCUGUCACUACGCGCCGUAGCGCGGUGGACGCAGCAGAGCGACCCGCCGCGAUCCUCAACGCGCGGCUUUGUCAGCAAGUUUUCCGCGCGAAGGGCCUGACGCAGGAGGAUUACGUAAAGCUGGCCGCAGCGAGGCGGCUACGUGGGAAUCAUGCCGCUGUCACCAGCGACGGAGGCGCUACAGCCGCCAUUGCGACCGUGACGGACUCUGAUUACGAGUCGGGAACGGUAGCCGCAAACUCCGAUGGCUCCGCUGCCGCCGCCGCUUCACGUUUGCUUCUACAACAGCGCCGCCAUUCCGUCGAGGCGUGCUUCCGCACCAUUAAGUUCCAGCCGCGGAUGUCGCUGCUCUCCGCGACGACGACCGCCGAGGCUUCCGCCGCCGCCGCUGCUGCCGCUGCUGACGAAGACAGGAUCGAGGAGACAGACGCGGAAUCCCCCAGGAGCAGCAACGGUGACUUUAUUGUUACAAGCACUGCUGCAAGUACUAAUAGCCUCAGCUGCCUGCUCGACAAGCUACCCGACGAUGUUUUAAUCAAUAUCCUCGCCGCGCUUGGCUCCGCGCGACAUGUGGCAGCGGCCGGCGCGGUCUGCCGUCGAUGGCACCGCCUCGUGCCGCUCGUCCCCUCCCUCACCUUCGCCCGCCUCUCGCUCCCUCCUGCGAAAAUCGAAGAGGUGGUAUCGCGUAUGGUGAUGCGCUCGCACGGCCUGUCGUCUCUCCACGUGGAGACCGUGCAUUGCGGCGGGAGUCACGACAGCGUCAGCGGCGCCAGCAGCGCGCAUUCACGCGAGUUCAUCGUCGAGGCGUGGGCCCGCCACGCUGGCAGCUCCCUCCGCCAAGUGACCUUCACGCAGCAGAAGGCUGUCACCGCCGCCGGAUCUUCCACCGCGUCUUCCGCUGGCGGCUCCGCCGUCCCCAGCUGCACGGUUUACGCGGGCGGUCCGGACUUGAGCUGCCAUCUGCAGCAUCUCGCGUCGCAUUGCCCAAACCUCUCUUCUAUGCGCCUCGGUUCUUUCUCCCUCCCGCCCCAUUUCCUCCGCGGGAACUCCGCGUUCCCCCACCUGCGAGCGCUUUCGAUCGAAUGGACCAACCUGGCGGGCUCCACGCUCCAAUCGCUACUCGACGCGUGUCCCAAUCUCCGCCACCUCUCCAUCUUCAUGGCGGCAGGUCUCACCGCGCAAGCCGCCUCAUAUUCCGCUGGCCACUACGCUGCGCUUCAAGCCGCGGCGGCGGGACACCCCGCGGGGUUGUGCUUGCGCCUGCCCGCGCGAUUGGAGUCCAUCGAACUCGCGUACCUGCGUGUCUCCGCCGUCACGCUUAUCUGUAGCGAGGCUGACUGUACCGCGGACAAGGGCGUGCGCCGCGCUGGCGGCGGUGGCGUCGGGGGCGGCCUCCGCGAGGUGUCGAUUCGAGACAUGUUCCUCACCGCGCUCUCCCUCCCCAACGCGCGCGCGCUCGCGUCGCUCUCCGUCGCCACGGCCUCCGCGCUGCGCCUCUCCGCGCCCGCUUCCGCCGCCCUCUCGUCGCUCGAGGUCCGCGCGGGAAGCGUCCACUGGCCGUCGCUCGAGUCGCUCGUCGCGGGCGCAGGCGCGUCACUCAAGCACCUCGCGCUGGAUCUCUUCACCGUCGAGUGCUGCGGCUCCGGCGCUCCGCGCAGCGGCGCGGCGACCAAUAUCCCGCGGGACGCGACGCGUGGCGGUCUUGACGCGACGCGGGGAGUCACAGCCGCCACUACCGGCGCGGGAAGCGGGGGUCUCGAUCUGCUGAACCUGAAUUGGCUUACUAGCCAUUGCCCUAAUCUCUCCUCGCUCUCCCUGGGUCCGCUUCCUUGGGAAUGCCUGAUUCGCGGUGGCUGUCUCUCUGCUCCUGAAUGUUCGCCCAGCUCAGGUCCAGACGCGGGAGGUUCGGUGGAGGCUCGGGUGACGCUGGGUCGGGUCAUGAACCCGGUUGAUGUGGACGCUUGGCCGAGCCAGCUGGAGAAUCUUUCAGUGAAGCUUCGGGGAAGGAGCGGGGCUACACUACUUUGGAUCGGCACGUUUAUGCGGCAGUGUGCGGGUAGUUUGAAGAGUGUGAAGGUGGUUUGUUUAGAGGAUGAGGAUGAGGAUGACGAGGAGGAGGAAGAGGAAGAGGACGAGGAAUGGGAGGAUGAUGAGGAGGAAGUCAAUGAGGAUUGGAGUGAUUAUGGAAGCGAGAGAGAGGAGGAUGACGACCAGUUUCCAGAGGGAAUUGAGUCUGAGCACGAGGGAUCCGAGGAAGAGUGGGACGGGGGGGAAAGCGAGGGGCAUUCGGAGGUGUAUGAGGAGGAGUGGGGAGAGCUGCACAUGAGCAGCCGGAAUGUCGCGUAUCAAAGUGACGAAGAAUGGGACUCUGAAUGCGAGGAGGAAGAGGGAGACGAGCACUCGAACAACCACAGCGAUCAGCACGAGGCUCGCUGUCAGAUGCAGAGGCACCAAUGCCGGCAGCAGCAAUGCAGCCACCUGCCAGAGCUGCAAAGAGCACUUCAGAAUGUCCGUCCCGUCGCUCACGUGAUCUCCUCUCGCCUCCCUUACCCACGCGAUCACUUCUCCUUCCCCAUAGCCCUCCUAUUCGGCCGUCCAGUCACCCGCCCAUUCUGCCGUCCCGUCGUCCUCCCGUUCCGUUCCGUCGUCGUCGCCCUUCCAUGGCCCAUACCGUCGCCCCUCCCGUUCAUCCAUCCCGUCGCCCAACCCGUAGCGCAUCCUCUCUCCCAUCCCGUCGUUCCCCUCGUCGCCCUCGCCAACGCCCCGAAACUCCCUCCCGUCGCGCAUCCUCUCUCCCAUCCCGUCGCUCCCCUCGUCGCCCUCGCCAACGCCCCGAAACUCCCUCCCGUCGCGCAUCCUCUCUCCCAUCCCGUCGCUCCCCUCGUCGCCCUCGCCAACGCCCCAAAACUCCCUCCCGUCGCCCUUCCUCUCUCCCAUCCCGUCGCUCCCCUCGUCGCCCUCGCCAACGCCCCGAAACUCCCUCCCCUCGCCCUUCCUCUCUCUCCGUCACCCUUGCUCUCUCUCCGUCGCCCUUGCUCUCUCUCCGUCGCCCUUGCUCUCUCUCUGUCGCCCUUGCUUUCUCUCCGUCGCCCUUGCUCUCUCUCCGUCGCCCUUUCUCUCGCCCGUCGCCCGUUCUCAAUCUUUCGUCGCCUUUCCUCUCUCCCCUCCCAUCACCCACCUCGGCGCUUUCGCGUUCGCCCCGAAAUGCCUGCAAGUCGCCCUUCGUUUCUCCCCUCCCAUCUCCCAACACCCUACCAUUCCGCAAUUUUCGCUCAAUCAGCGCUCUCCGUGCGCUCUCGUUUCCUUCUACCUAUUCCUUUUUAUCUCUAA